AUGCCGACCACCCAACGUGGCACUACGACCAGCCCGAGAAACAAUGAUUCUCCGACUGUUCCAACUGCUAGCGUCCAACCUGCAAGUACAACCACUCCAUCAGUUGGCAACGCAAUUGGUAAAGCGUCCAACACUAUUGAACCUGGUAACACCCCUGCAAGUCUCGAUUUUGCUGUCGAGACACUCAUGCAGCGGCCCUUGAACAGACCACUCAUGCAGUCCCUUCAACAUGACGGUAUCUUCUGUUUUGGAGACCUCCUGUUGCGCAAAGACACGGAUCUCCUAGACCUGAAGUACGACGCACCCAUCACUGAUGGGAGUGGUGCAGAUACAGGCCGAACAAAGCUGACACAGCUUGACAAGGCUAACCGUGGCAUCAUCAAUGCACUCCUUGGUUUUACCUACAUACGCUCAGAUGUUCAACUCGCAGCCGACACGCAAGCUUCUUCCCUGAUGACUUGGUUGACUACCAAGAAACUUGUCAAGUUGGACUGGCCCGGCAAACACUACGCUUUUGUUCUUCAUUGGCUUGAACAAGCACGACUCUAUAACGAGAUUGCUAGUGAUAAAAUGGCCGACUCCCAGUUCCGCAUCCUGCUUGCGAACGCCAUUCAACAGACACCGUAUCUUUGUGAGAUUAAGACCUCUUCCAAGCUCUUAUCCGCGCAAACCGGUCAGUCACUGACUUACCCUCAGCAAACUAUUGAGGCCUUCCAAGCCUUUUCCUAUUGUACAACCCGUCCUCAACUUGACAAUGCCACAUGGCAACAGUUGGAUGACCACGCCCGUCGCACUUGGCACCAAAUCCCGGACCAAGCUAAGGCUAUCAUCCUCCAAAACAAGUCAGCACCUUCCGGGCGCCCACCACCCGCCAAAUUCCACACCAUGAACUCGAAUGACUUCUUGGCCCAUGCGCAGAGUGCGAGCAUGGGGAGUGAUACAACUAGUACUCACACUCCUGCUCAGGAACCAGAAGCCGUACAGCCUGACAAGCUAUUGGCCUAUCUUUCCAAGCAAACGGCUAUGAUGCCUGGGGAGCUCCAACGCGUGAUGUCUGAUAAGAUGGCUGCCGUACGGGCUACCAAGCGUCCACCGCCAACACCUCCGACUCAGGAAGCCCAACAACACGCGGUUACUAUAAAUGGAAUAAAAUAUAGAUCGUAUUACCAUAAUACUAUUGUCUAUUCUGUUCAAAAAGUAAAUACUCGUAAACACCUGGCUUUGAUCGACAGAGGUUCUAAUGGUGGCAUUGCUGGAGAUGAUGCUCGCAUCAUCUUCAAGACCAAUUGUACUGUUGACGUACAAGGCAUCGACAACCACCAAGUGACAGAUAUUCCGAUUGUCACUUUGGCUGGUCUUGUCCACACCCAGCAUGGACCUGCCAUUGCCAUCAUGUAUCAACAAGCCUACAUUGGUAAAGGCCAAUCCAUCCUAUCUAGUGGACAGAUGGAGCACUUCAAAGUCACAGUGGACGUCAAGUCUUCUAGGGUUGGUGGUCAACAACGAAUGGCCGACGAUGAUAGUCACGAUGAGGAGGAUAAUAACAGGAUUGUCUUGAAGAAUUAUCGAGGCUUAUCUUCGUCACCUUUGUCAUCUUCUUCAUUAUCAUCCUCAUCAUCGUCCUCUUUGUCCUUCUUUGUUUACCUGGAGCAUGGUGCUUCGGUACUCAACCUCAAGGGAAAGCAACUGGAGGAAGAAAAAGAAAGAGAUGAUGAUGAUACGGCCACUACCAUGUCUUUCUUGUCAUCAUCCUCUUCUUCAGAAAGCAAUCUCAGAGUAUCCUUUGUGGAACCCUUGGUGACGGAGGCUCACUACCGCCCAUAUACCUCCAAGCGAGACAAGUAUUUCUUGCACUACAAUGAACACGACUAUGUCGACUUCAAAAUGGAAUGCUUGACUGUAUUUCCAAUCGUCGCACAAUUGUUGCUGGGAUCAUUGAUGAAGUUCACAGGCAUGGCGGUAGAUUUCUGA